UUAGAAAUGAAGUAGCAUUAUCCCGAUUUCCCCAAGGAGGAAAGCUAGAUCCCUUUAUCGGGAGUCCUCGGAAUGUGCAGAGAUAGAGCCAUGCCGCCCAGGGGCGCUCCCCGGCGCGGGAGGGCGGACCUUGGCCCGGGGGGCCAGGCAGCCUGGAACCUUGGGCCGGGUGCAGGGCCUGCCACGCAGCCGCAAAGGCUCGACCCAGCCGGCGGGCGGCAGGAAGGGAGGCGACGCCCCCUGGAGCGCGGCAGGAACCCGGCUGGGCCCGCCUCCUAGUCCGCCCAGCAGCACCGGCCCCAGAAGUGAUGAAAGCCGCGGUGGAGUCCCGGUCACGCCGAAGCCGUUGCCCUUUUAAGGGGGAGCCUUGAAACGGCGCCCGGGUUCCAUGUUUGCAUCCGCCUCGCGGGGAGGAAACUCCAUGUUGUAACAAAGUUUCCUCCGUGCCCCCUCCCUCCCCCUCCCCCCAGAACCUGGCUCCCCUCCCCUCCGAAGCUUGCGGGGAUCCCUUCCUCCCACCCCUCCCCUCCCCCCCGCGCCCCGAUUCCGGCCUGAGCCGGGGGGGAGGCCGGGCGCCCGGGCCAGAGUCCGGCCGGAGCGGAGCGCGCCCGGCCCCAUGGACAGCUCGGCCGUCAUUACUCAGAUCAGCAAGGAGGAGGCUCGGGGCCCGCUGCGGGGCAAAGGUGACCAGAAGUCAGCAGCUGCCCAGAAGCCCCGAAGCCGGGGCAUUCUCCACUCACUCUUCUGCUGUGUCUGUCGUGAUGAUGGGGAGGCCCUGCCUGCCCACAGCGGGGCACCUCUGCUUGUGGAGGAGAAUGGUGCCAUCCCCAAGCAGACCCCAGUCCAGUAUCUACUCCCCGAGGCCAAGGCCCAGGACUCAGACAAGAUCUGCGUGGUCAUUGACCUGGACGAGACCCUGGUGCACAGCUCCUUCAAGCCAGUGAACAACGCCGACUUCAUCAUCCCUGUGGAGAUUGAUGGGGUGGUCCACCAGGUCUAUGUGCUGAAGCGGCCUCAUGUGGAUGAGUUCCUGCAGCGAAUGGGCGAGCUCUUUGAAUGUGUGCUGUUCACUGCCAGCCUGGCCAAGUACGCAGACCCAGUAGCUGACCUGCUGGAUAAGUGGGGGGCCUUCCGAGCCCGGCUGUUUCGAGAGUCCUGCGUCUUCCAUCGGGGGAACUAUGUGAAAGACCUGAGCCGACUGGGCCGAGACCUGCGGCGGGUGCUCAUCCUGGACAACUCGCCUGCCUCCUAUGUCUUCCAUCCAGACAAUGCCGUACCAGUGGCCUCAUGGUUUGACAACAUGAGUGACACAGAACUCCAUGACCUCCUCCCCUUCUUCGAGCAACUCAGCCGCGUGGAUGACGUGUACUCAGUGCUCAGGCAGCCUCAUCCUGGGAGCUAGUGAGGACGAUGGGGCCAGGAACUGCCCCUGACCGUCGCCCACACCUCCUCCCACACAGACUGCACAGGAGUGUUCUUCCUUAAGGAAACCCAUGGGCUGCUGCCAUGCUCAGUGCCAUGGGGAAGCAGGCAUCUCCCCCACCAGCUGCACCAGGCUGUGUAGGGGCAACAGCUGCACGGAGGACAAUGAGUCCCUGGGCCCCUGUGUCAGUGCCUUCAAACCUCCUCCCCACUUCUUGGGGGGGCUUGGGGGACCCUGCCUGUCACUCCCCAUUUCUGUCUCCUCUCUCCAUGCUGCCAUAUUUCUCUGCUGCCAAAUUGGGCCCCUUGGCCCCUUCCAGUUGUGCUUUUGAGGGGCAGGGUUUCUCCUGCCCCCUGCCUUGGACCUCCGGACUGGGAACAGUGGACACCAAGUGCCUUUCAUAGAGCCCCCCUCUUCCCCACUCAACUUUCCCAGGGUCAUAUCCAGGUCAGCUCUAGGCUGGUGGGGCAGAACCAGUCCCCACCCCACCUCCUUCCUUGGGACUUGGGAGCCCCGACCAAUCUCUGCCUCUGCUUGGAGGGGACAGAAGGUUUCUUACCACUGGUGAAGGGAGCCGGGGUCUGUCCCUCAGGCCCUAUAGUCUAGCUUCUUUAGGGCUGGCUGAGGGCUGUUCCCUGCAUCACCCAAGUCCCAGCCCCUUAUUUCUGCCUUAACUACCCCCAAGGCCCUGGGGUUUAGCUCCCCCAAGUGUGGGGGCAUAGACAUAUAAAUAUGUAUAUGUGUAUAUAGAUUUUUAGGGGAAGGAGAGAGGGAAGGGUCAGGGUAGAUACCCUUCCCUCACACCUUUCCUGGGCCCAGAAAUUGGGGGGAGGGAGGGAAAGGAUUUUUACAUUUUUUAAAGUGCUGUUUUCUGAGUGGAACAAGCUGGGCCAAGGGGCCCCAGGCCCUGUCCUCUGUCUCUCACACCCCCUUUGCUCCAUUCAUUCAAAAAGCAUUUAUUGUGCACCUUCUGUGCCCAGCACUGUGCUAGGCCCACCACCUGUGUGUGAGGGUCUCUGCCACCUAAUUGGUGCCUCCCCACCCACCCAACUUCACUGGUGCCUUUGAGGGAGCUGCAGGAGGUGGGACCUAACUGGGGUUUAGGAGUCUCUAAGAAGCCUAGCCAAGCAGUUCCUCACCUCCUCCCCACUCCCCCACUCCCUGUGAUCCCCUGCCCCGCCCCCUGCUGGCUGGGGGCAGCUCCCAGGACAUCCUGCCUUCAACUCUGAAACCUUCUUCAUGCAUGCUGAGUCCCGAGGUCAAGGCCUAGGGCUCUCCCAAGAAUCUAACAGUUAAGGGGACCCAUAUACCAGUGCCAAGGGGGAUGUCAAGUGGAAAUGUAGCCUUCCCCACCCCAGCUCAGGGUGCAGGAGGGAUGUGGUUGGCCUGAAUUGGGUGAUCUUCCCAUCUAAGUGCCUUCUCUGAGAGCCCCACAGUGUGAUGAGAACUAAAGAGAAAGCCAGACCCCCA